UCUGCUCCUUAAGCUGACGUCACCUGGAGCCCGGACCCGGCGAAUGUCAGCGGUGGAGUGUGCGUUUGGCCACAAAAGACACAUUUAUUAACAAGUUAGCGACAUUUUGUCGACGACAGUGUAUUUGUGGACUUUGUCGCAGGUGUGUUCAGCGCGGUGACAUUUAUGAGUGUAAUUUAUAUCCUAAAUUUCUAGUUUAAACGGUUUUAUUUUGAAUAGCUAGCUAGGUGGCUAACAAAAUGGCUCCGUCUAUUUACUGCAGAACAACAACAAACACUGCCUCACAAUGUUAGGCAGUAACGUCAGUUGGAAGUGAUGACACCUCCGCUGCUAACGUUACUGUCCGUUGGAGGAAGAGGAAGAGGAAGGAGGUGAUGAUGAUGAUGAUGAUGACAUGCAGUUAGCUGGCUGCUUGGCUGGCUGGCGGACGCACGGACGCACGGACGGACGGACUUGAGCCCACCUUGUGUGUGGUGUCGCCCCAAAACCAGACCAGGAUCCGGGACCACAAGAGGCGAAGAUGCCGCGGAGGAAACAAUCCAACCCCCAGCCGGUGAAGCUGGAGUCGGAGGACGGGGCGGUGGUGUGUGAGCCGGGCUGCCUGGUUCUGGAGAGCGACUUCCUGCUGAGCGGAGAGCUGGAGUUUGGAGACUCGGAGAUCAUGGGACUGGAUAGAGAGUCAGGUAUGACGGUGUUCUCUCUGAGUGUGGAGGACGACCCUUCAGCACCAACAGACUCCACCUUCCCAGCUUUCCUCUCCUGUAAAGGAUGUGGUCAACUUCUGGGAGACUCGCCUCUGGGAGCAGGCUUAGAUCUAGGUGUGGGCCUGGACCUGGGGGCGGAGCUGUAUUGUCUGACCUGCGAGGAAGGCCUCCAGCAUGAUGCGUCUAUCGACUCCUCUCGGGUGGAGGAGGCGGACCGAACCAUCGGCGGCGACUCCGACAGGAAGAGGAGGAGCGCGGGUAAGGCGGACGGAGCGGGUGACAUCCCUUCUAAACUGUUCUCGUGCUCGCUGUGCCCCUUCACCUCGCGCUACUCCAACCACCUGAAGCGCCACAUGAGGACCCACGACGGCCAGAAGCCGUACCGCUGCCUCGUCUGCCCCUACGCCUCGGCCCAGCUGGUCAACCUGCAGCGCCACGCCCGCACCCACACCGGGGAGAAACCGUACCGCUGCCACCAGUGCAGCUACGCCUGCAGCUCCCUCGGCAACCUGCGACGGCACCAGCGCAUGCACACGCAGGAGAGACCGCAGAGGAGGGAGAAGGAGAAACGACGAGGGAGGAGGAAAAAGGCAAACGCUGAAACUGAAGAAGUAGUGUCGGACCUGACCCUGCGAGUGUCCCAAGACUCCGGCUACCUCCAGACGUUGGGGGGCCUCGGCUCUCCCUCCGCCCCGCUCCCGGUCCUCCUCUUCCCCCUGUGCUGCCGGAUGUGUGGCCUCACGCUGGAGGAGGCCGACCUGGAGGGGGACAAGGCCGAGGGGGACGUGGAGGGCGACGGAGGACAGGUGUGUCGUCGUUGCUCGUUGGACCUGCUGUCCAAAGACGGAUCCGGGUCUCCCCGCAGCCUGGCCGUGUCUCGGGGACCCCGACGGGGCCCUCAUGGUACCAAGCUGUACCGCUGCCCUCACUGCCCCUUCCUGUCCCACUACCCAAACCACCUGGCCCGCCACGCCCACACCCACUCGGAGGAGAAACCACACCGCUGCCCGCACUGCCCCUACACCUCGUCGCACCUCGACAACCUCAAGCGCCACCUGCGCGUGCACACGGGGGAGAAACCCUACCAGUGCCCGUUGUGCAGCUACGCCUGCGGAAACCUCGCCAACCUGCGGCGACACGAGCGCAUCCACUCGGGCGCCAAGCCGUUCCACUGCGGCGUCUGCGGCUACUCUUGCAACCAGAGCAUGAACCUGAAGAGGCACAUGCUGCGGCACACGGGAGAGAAGCCGUACGCCUGCGCCGAGUGCGACUACACGACGGGCCACUGGGACAAUUACAAACGCCACCAGAGGAAACACGGGCACAACACGGACAGCUGGGACAAACACGCACCCAUCAACGGCCUCAGCUGGGGCAAAGACAGUCAGGAGAGCCAGAGUCAGGAGCAGGAACAAUGUUAGAUCCUGCAUGUGUGAUUGAGUGUGUGUGUGUGUGUGUGUGUGUGUGUGUGUGUGUGUGUGUGUGUGUGUGUGUGUGACUGACUUGAGUGUGUGCAUGUUGUAUACAUUGGUGAACCUCCAACUCAGGUUGGAGCUUACCUCAGGUGCCUUUUGACAGACUGUAUAGCUGCACUGACUUUAUAAAGUUGCAUUCAUGUGUGUGCUGCAGACACACACACACACACACACACACACACAUUAGUAAAUGCAGUCCAGACUUGUGAUCCGUCAGAAUGUGACGGACUUUUCUAAAGUCUGUGUGUGUGUGUGUGUGUGUCACGAAGCCAAUCUAAAUCUGCUGAAUUGAAAUGUUUAUUUUUUCGCCUCUACAGAUAAUCUAUAUUUUGUAAAUGUGGGUGGAUUGUUUUUUUUUAAUAAUAGCAGGGCGUCUUACAAGCUUGAGUAAAUCUAGGAGUGUGUGUUUUUAUUUUAUUUUUUAUAAAUCCAGUGGGGUUCCUGUGCAGCUUUAGUUAGUUUCCAGACCUCUGAAUCAUCGUGAGUGUUUCCCCAGUCAGAUCAUUGUAGGCCGGAUUAAUGGGGACGCCAUUUUGCUACGUAGCUAACUAGCUACCUAGCUUUAUUUAUCAAAGAUUACAGUCAUGAGGACUUCUAGAAACCGCUACCACGACUUCUGUGUCGACUAAAAGAGAUUUUUAACAGUUGGACAUGUCGCUCACUAGAUAUUUAUACCAAAACUAAACUAAAUAACCAACUCUUUCCAAAAAGAAACCAAACAUAAACAUGAUGACUGCCUAAUAAAUGGAGAUUCAGUCUGAUUACCAAGCUAGCGCCGCUUUUGAAAUCGGUGAUCCGUUUGAAAAUUGCAAAACAUUUGCUUUUUUUUUUUGUGAUCUUAUGUUUUAUUUUGAAAUUAAGAACAAUUACCAUCAAUACACUGAGACCUAAGAACGUGUCCCACGGCCACAGCUCGUAAUUCCUGUUGGGGAAAUGUAAAAUUAAUGUUUUCAAAGUGAAGCAAAACUUAGUGAAUAUGCCGUUAAAUCACAUUAUUUAAAGACAUUUUAGUGUGAAAGGUGAGAGAUUUUAAAAUGGAAAUGCACAGGAGCCCUGCUGUCUGAAUGAGGAGAGUUACAACCAACAGGUGCUGCUGUUUCUUAAAUCUAGAUCUUUAAAUAUCCCUGACGUUCUCCUUAGAAACGCAGAGUAUUUUAUUGCUUGUUUCAGCCCAGGUUUGUGUUAAAAUCAGCCAAAAUCUCAGACCUCAACAAUUCAGGGAAGAAUGGAAAUGAUGUUGAAAUAUAAAAAAACUUGGUAUUUAUUUCACUUGAUCGGUAAAUUUGAGUUAAAAUCAAAUCGCAAUGUUAAAACUGAAUUUAUCGCAAAUGUAACGCGAUAAACAAUGCUGGCUCGUGAAUAUGUGAACAUUUAAAUGCUUACAGUUACUUAACUAGUCGGCCUUUUGCUUUUAUUAAUGAUGAUUGGUUGGUGUCGCAGUGAAAAUGGACGAAUUAUGGCACCUGUGUGCAAAAAUGUCAGCCCAAAAAUAUGAAAGAAAAACCCCCCACAGGAGCAAAAACUUGGGAUGAAUGGGAUCAAUUUGCUUUGGAAGUCAGGAUUAGCUUAGCUUAGCUUAGCUUAAAAAUCAAAGGGAAUUGGCUGGUCUGACUGUCCAACAUUUAAAUAAAAUACAGCACUGCCAACACCUCUGAAGCUCUCUAAUUAACGCUUUUUGUUUUAUAUUCAACCUGCACACGGACGGGUGUGAAGACGUCUUGUCUUCACCGUUGGGGGGGUUGCCAGGUUUGUUGUUCACGGUGCCUUCAAAUCUCGUAAUAAAACCCGUGCGAUUGAAGCUG